GUGAAAUAGCUGAGAAGAAAUUCUAAUUUAGUUUGUGGACUUUGUAAUUUGUAAUGAGAUCAUCAUCUAAUUCCAUGUUUUUGAUUGGUCACUGUAACAGAUAUGGGACGAAGAAGAGGAGGGACUCUGAAGAUUCUGUUACUGUUGAUAUUCUGUCUGCAAGCCUUCACUGGUCAAUGCCAAGAUUCAGGGCAUCCCGCUGACCUGAGGAUAGUUCUGAUAGGGAAGACUGGAUCAGGGAAGAGUUCAACAGGAAACACCAUCCUGGGGAGAAAGGUGUUUAGAGAAGACCUCUCCCCUGAGUCUGUCACUGUUCACUGUGAGAAACAGAGUGGAGUGGUGGAUGGGAGGAAGAUUGAUGUCAUCGACACCCCGGGGCUCUAUGACACAACAAUGUCUAAAGAAGAGAUGAAAAGUGAGAUAGAAAAGGCCAUCUACAUGUCAGUCCCAGGACCUCACGCCUUCCUGCUGGUGAUCAGACUGGGGAGGUUCACAGAGGAGGAGAGGAACACUGUGAAGUGGAUCCAGGAGAACUUUGGAGAAGAAGCAUCAAAGUACACCAUCAUUCUGUUCACCGGAGGAGACCAGCUGGAGGACAAAUCAAUGGUGGACUUUCUAAGUGAGAGUGAGGAGCUUAUGAAACUCAUCAAGGUCUUUAAGGGAAGAAAUCAUGUCUUCAAUAAUAAAAAGAAGAAUGACAACACCCAGGUCACAGAGCUGCUGAAGAAGAUAGAUGAGAUGGUGAUGAAGAAUGGAGGAAAACACUACACCAAUGAGAUGUACCAGGAGGUCCAGAGGAAGAUCGAAGAGGAGGAGGAGAGGAAGAGACAGGAGGAGAAGGAGAGAGAGGAGGAGGCGAAGAAGAAACAGGAGGAGGAGAUCAGAAAACGGGAAGAGAAGGCGAGAGAGGAGGAGAGGAAGAGACAGGAGGAGAAGAAGAGACAGGAGGAGGAGAUCAGAAAACGGUUAGAGAAGAUAAGAGAGGAGGAGAGGAAGAGACAGGAGGAGAAGAAGAGAAAGGAGGAGAAGAAGAAACAUGAGGAGGAGAUCAGAAAACAGGUAGCAAAGGCGAGAGAGGAGGAGAGGACGAGACAGCAGAGGACGAGGAAGUCGUCGUCAGAUGGCAUAUUGGGAUUGUUAGCAACUGUUUUCACAGCGGUGGUAGCAGGACCAUUAGCAAUUCCAGUUGGAGCUGCUGUAUUUGCAAAUGAAUUAGCUGAACAUUUAGACGAUUCCGAUUAAAUGAGGAAGAGGAGGCAAUGUGAAGUACCACACUUUGUGGUGUGUUUUUGUAUUGGGGUUUUAGUAGGUAUUGGGAUUG